CUCUGAUUCUACAUAUAUAUUUAUUGUACGGCCUUUUUAUAAACAAUCUGGCGGCCGUCAACUAAGUGCAAAAGGGAUGGUGACAAGGUCGUUGCGAAAGAAGUUCAAAGAGACAAAAGGAAUACAAAGCGCAUAAGACAUGUAUGCGGUGGCCAUAGUCAAAGGAUGCUGGCUGCAUAGCCGUAAUCCUUGGUCCUAUCAUAUCUCUAUCAUAUCCUCUGUGGAUACGAUUAGGCAUGGGCAGGAAGUAUGUCGUAAAUAGGUGGGCACGUCAGGCUCUGAUUGGUCAGUCGGAGAUGCGAGCAUAUCAAUCAGUCUUCAGCGUAUAUGGAAGUCAACAAGAGGUCCUUGGUGAUGCGGGAGACAGCGUUGUUAAGGUCCAGGACCCGGGAGCAGACGCGAGCGAGCUAGUCGGAGAGGCGCAGGUGCAUCCCCGGAAUGACAUCCGUGCAGUCUUCGCUACCCUCGUUACCCAGGGAGACCAAUCCUUGUAUAGCGUGGAGGCCUCUGGCGACAUUGACAUCGACAUCUCUGAACCACGUGUGACCUCCAGGCGUAGCAUACUUGGCGUAAUACGGAUAGGAAGCGAGACAAUAGCGGGAGUCAGGGUGAAGCAGGCAGUACCACAGCCAAUAGCUGGGUCUUGACGGAGAACCUGUUGGGAGACGGUGUGAUAGGCCAUACAUAGCCAUCUAUGAUUCUAUCAGCCGUUAAUUCUCCUCUGAUGAUAUAAGUAGGAAUCAAAUUCCGCAGUUGCGACGUCGAGCAGGCCAUAGACUCCCCACCAGCUUAUGAGCUGGGGGAUGGUGACCGUCCCGACAUUUUCCCAGGCGGAUUGGAGUGAAUCGGGGUGAACAUCUUGAAUGUUGCAAAUACGACGGAAAUAUUCGAAGGACAGGUCUUCUAGAGACACGCGAGAG